GAUAGCAGAUAGCUUACCUGGCAGUCCGGAAAAUUAAAGGUAUAAAUAAAACAGACGACAUGAAAGCCGCUUGGCUCGGAAAAAAGUGCGAGGAAAAAAAAACCAUGGCUACUCUGUUUAAGUGCCACAAACCCCUCUGCUCCUCUAUCCGAUUCGCCUCCUCGUUCCCCUGCUCACCGUUCCGUUAUGCCCCCAACCGCACUCGUCCUCCUCGGACCAUUCCGGUCGCCGGAAAGAGAAGACAAUUUUUCCCCUUCUUCAGCUCCCUCACUUCAUCCCUUCCGGUACCCAGCGAUUACAACUCCGGUCCAACCGGCGCACCGAGUCCCCCAUCGGAGCUGUGGCUGCACAACACGAUGACGAAGAAGAAAGAGCUGUUCAAAUCGAAAUUGGAAAGUAAAGUUGGAAUGUACGUCUGCGGCGUCACCGCCUACGAUCUCAGCCAUAUCGGGCAUGCCCGUGUUUAUGUGACCUUCGAUGUGCUCUACAGAUAUCUGAGGCAUUUGGGAUAUGAUGUCUCCUACGUUCGGAAUUUCACGGAUGUUGAUGAUAAGAUAAUUGCACGAGCGAAUGAAGUGGGGGAGGAUCCAAUCAGUUUGAGUAGAAGAUACUGUAACGAAUUCCACCAGGAUAUGGUUUCUCUUCAUUGCCUGCCUCCUGCUGUUGAGCCCCGUGUGUCAGAUCACAUGCCUCAAAUUGUUGACAUGAUCAAUACGAUUCUUGAUAAUGGCUGUGCCUACAGAAUUGAUGGAGACGUCUACUUCUCUGUGGAUAAGUUCCCACAGUAUGGACGUUUAUCUGGAAGAAAAUUAGAAGAUAACCGAGCAGGUGAGAGAGUAGCUGUUGACGCAAGAAAAAGGAAUCCUGCUGAUUUUGCUUUGUGGAAGUCCGCGAAGGAGGGUGAGCCGUCUUGGCAGAGUCCUUGGGGGCCUGGAAGACCUGGAUGGCAUAUUGAGUGCAGUGCCAUGAGUGCUGCUUAUCUGGGUCAUUCCUUCGACAUACAUGGUGGAGGAAUGGAUCUUGUGUUUCCGCAUCAUGAAAAUGAGAUAGCUCAGAGUUGUGCUGCUUGUGGAGAUAGUAAUAUAAGCUAUUGGGUGCACAAUGGGUUCGUCACAGUUGAUUCAGAGAAAAUGUCAAAAUCUUUAGGAAAUUUUUUCACUAUUAGGCAGGUUAUAGAUCUAUACCAUCCCUUAGCAGUGAGGCUUUUCUUGUUGGGCACCCACUACAGAUCUCCAAUAAAUUAUUCCAAUGCACUUCUUGAGAGUGCUUCUGAUCGUAUCUUUUACAUUUAUCAGACAUUAUAUGAUUGUGAGAAUGUAAUCAGAGAGCAAGGUGCAGGUUUCAAGGACAGUGCGAUUCCUCCUGAUACAAUGAAUUGCAUAGUGAAAUUCAAUGAUGUGUUUGCAGCCUCAAUGGCUGAUGAUCUCCAUACCCCUGUUGUUUUAGCUGCUAUAUCCGACCCAUUGAAAAUCAUCAACGAUAUGCUGCACACACGCAAGGGAAAGAAGCUAGCAAAGAGAAUAGAAUCACUCUCCGGACUAGGGAAUAUAGUCCAGAAAGUUCUAACCAUCCUGGGGCUGAUGCCGACAACUUAUUCAGAGGUUCUUCAGCAGUUAAAGGAAAAGGCAUUGAAGCGUGCCAAGUUAACAGAAGACCAGGUUAUUCAAAAGAUCCAUGAAAGGACUGAAGCAAGAGAGAACAAAGACUAUGAAAAGUCAGAUGCCAUCAGAAAAGAGUUAUCUAUUGUUGGAAUUGCUCUUAUGGAUAAUCCGGAUGGCACUACCUGGAGACCGGCUGUCCCUCUCGACUUGCAACAGCUGGAAGUUGGCACACCUUGAUGUUUCCUUCUCGGCAUUGAACUCUUUAAGAUUAACUGUGCGUCUUGGUAAUUCCUUCUAGGCUGGAACGGUUACAUUGGCAAUGUGCGCAAACACAAUAGAGAAUGGAGCAAUGGUUAUUGGGUCCGAAAGUCUGGCCUCAACCGGUUCCAUAGAAGGUAUAGAUCCAGAUGUAUUAUUCACAGCAAGUACUUUCCCAUUCAAAAGUACUGUCUGACUGUGUAAAUCAUCACCACCAGCGGUCAAGUGAUAUUCUUCCCUUACAUGUGCAUUAACUUUGGAACCUUUUGCCAUCCUAGCGAAUUCUGAUCUUCGAUUCUGGUGGUGUUGCUGAGCUGUCUGAAUAGUGAUGGCAUUUUCAGUCGAAACAUGCACAUUAGCUAUCGUGUUACCGUCGAGGUUGAUCAAAAGUAUUGUGAUUCCUUGAGAUUUCUUUGAACAGUGAGCAUAAGCACGUAUUUUCUUGGUUCCAGAGAAACUAGUGGAUAGCACCUUUGUUCCCAUCAAACGAUGCCAUAGCAGUGCACUUAACCAGCAGAGAUGAGAAGAAUAAGUCUUAGACUGCUGCAUGAAGAAAAAAAAAGCUGGGUACUAUAUUUCCUAUUGCAUGGUUUCAGGAAUCGCUCUCACCUGUAGUAAUCUGGGUUUGGAACAAAGGUGGUAGGGUUGAGCAGGCCAUAAUUCCCUCCGACCAGCGACUGUCGACAGUAAGUUUUCGUGUUGUAGGAUGACGCCAUUCCAAGCUGAUCCAGGUACCUGUCGUUACAACAUCAAUAUUUCAGAGAUCCGAUACUGUGAAGAUGAAGUAAACUCCUCGCAACUCGAAUGCAGGCUUAGUACCAGAAACUGAACACGAAUGCAUUCGUGACUAGAUUAUGGCCGCUGUUGUAAGCACCACCGGCCUCACCAACCCAAGCGACAGCUGAACUCCCGCUGCUCUUCAAAAUCCCUUGCAGUCCACUGAAAGGUGAUGAACCACCGUCAAGAUACGAUGGAUCCAGAAUCCUGUCUAUCAAGUGAGUAUCAUCACCUGAUUUCCAGAGUGAACUCUUAGGAAAAUAUUGUUUCCAGAGUAAGAUCAACGAAAUGACUAGGCUCAGGGAUGGUCAGCUCUUUUUCUCUUUUCUACAAUACCUGGUCCUAGGUUAUAAAUAUGAUGAGUGACAACCUGAAGGGAGUUUUUAGGUGUUUUGUUUAUGAACUCUGUGAGCCAGUUCGCGUCGUAGAACCCUCCAGGCGCCAAAACUAGUGGCUUCUUCUUCCUCUUCCCCAAACUUGCAUAAGUUUUCCUCACGAUGUCGUGCAGAUUGGUUAUAUCAGACGCGUACUGGUCUGGAGCCACACUCGUUCCAAUUCCGCUCCCACUCAGCUCAUUCCCGAGCUCCCACCCGAAAAUGGUGAAGUUUUUAUUCACGGUGUAUCUUAUCAGGGCCUCCGCAUUGCUAGAGUUCCAAGCUCCUUUUGCAGAACCGUCAGAAGCUAUUGUCCUGCCAUUCAGAGCAUUUAACCCGAAUAUAACUUCCGCCCUGCAUGUCCAAAAUGCAGCACCAAAGUUGAAUGAUACGAUCGAGUCUCGAAAUGAUUUCGUCGAUAUUGUUAUCUUGAAAAAAAGGAUGUGUAUGGUACUCUACUGUACCCAGCUUCCCUGAAGAAAGUGUUGAGUUCGUCCCAUCUUGACAAGGCCAAGCAGCCCUGGGAGAAGCCAAACAUUUCUGAGGAGCUCUUGAUGAAUGAAGCAGUGCAAGCCUGUUGUUGAGUCUCGUAUAUUACCUUAUUUUGUAGGGUACCCCCCAGUCUAAUCUUCAGAGGAGAGAAGGCUGCAAAUAUUGAACCAAAACCAAAGCAAAUGAAUUUAAAAAGAAUCAAGGGACAGCCUUUCAUGUCCUGUUCUUCACCCUGCAAGUUAUUCUUUCUGUACCUUUGAUGGCAUUGAGUAAUAGAGGGUUGGUAAGGUCCUGGUUAAGAAGAGAAGUUGUUCCCCAGCUACAAGUUCCAUAGUCACAUUUCUCAGGAGGCCACCAGUCGAGAGUUGCACAUAUGAAGUCUGCAUCUGUCCUCCCGAUUCUCGAGCUUCCAUUGAUGAACACCGUCCCUUCAACAAUCCUUGGUCUGCUCUGCAAAGCAACGAAGAAGAUCGAGAAGGGCACUAAACUCAGCAUCAGGCAGAGCCAGGAGUAAAUCAGCAAGCUGUUCAUCAUUGAAGAUGAACCAGUACCACCCAUUUUAUGAUCCUGAAAGUACUGUUGACUGGGAUUUCUAUGGCUUGCUCUUUGGCACCGUGGGUUGUUAUAUAAACUAUAUAUGUAAGCUUCAUUUGUUGGACGAAUGGUGGAGGUCACUGUCUAAUUGGGAUAGAACUUAUUAUCAUUAUGCAGACGGG